AUGUUUGAAACAAGUAAAAUUUCUUAUUAUUUCACAAAUAAACCAGAAAUUCCAUUACAAAAAAAAUCUAAUACAUCUAACGGUAUAGCUAUUGUAACUACAAAUGAAACAGCUUUAUUAGGUUUUUCACCUGAAUGUAUUCGACAAUAUGUAUUCAAUGAUGAUGAUGAUGAUGUUGAAAAUAAUUUUGAACAUAUAUCACAUAUAUAUGAUUAUUCACCAGUAUGA